AAAAACAUCAUGGCUACCUCAAGGCGGCAAGGGAAGAGAAGACUAGCUGCAUCCGAAGAUGGCGCUACCCCCCCGCUCGCUGCCCCACCUCUACGAGUGGCCGCAUUCAACAUACAGGUGUUUGGAAGGAAGAAGAUGCAGAACAAAAAUGUCACCAGUAUUAUUUCGAAGGUGGUACAGAGAUACGACGUGCUGUUGCUCCAGGAGAUCCGAGACAAGGGCAUGACGGCUCUUGACAACCUCAUCAACAUGCUCAACAAAAUCGACCCUGAUGAUCCUUUCGUGGCCGAUGUGAGCGAGAGAUUGGGAAGAACUUUCUCCAAGGAACAGUAUGCCUUCUUGUACAGACCGAGCCGAGUGAAGAUUGUAGACAAUUACCAGUACGAGGACGGCGUUGACGACGGCACCGACACUUUCGAAAGAGAACCCUACGCCGUCAGGUUCUCUUGUCCGAACUUGGAAAUUGACGACUUUGCGAUUAUCGCAAUUCACACAUCGCCCAGUAAAGCUGUAGCGGAGAUUAACGCCUUAUUGCACGUGUGGGAAGCGACAAAGAAACACUGGGGCAUCGAGAACGUCAUCAUCGCAGGCGACUUCAACGCCGACGGGGACUUCGUGUCCGGCUCAGACUGGGAGAGGAUAUCUCUAAGGAGUGACCGUCGUUUUACCUGGCUCAUCAAGGAUAACGCAGACACCACCGUCAGCAGCACUGACUGCAGUUACGACAGGUUCGUGGUAACUGGGCCCCAGCUGAAGACCAACAUAGUUCCCGGGAGCUGCAAGGUGUUCCAGUUUGACAAGGAGUUCAAUCUCUCCCAGGAAGAGGCCGAAGAUGUCAGCGACCACUACCCCAUUGAACUUUCCAUAGCAGGGAAGAAAAAUGCGAAACUGCAAAAGAUGUUAAAUACGGAGCUGUCCUUCAACGUCGCGCAGACGCAGAACAUCUCAAGUGUUGGUCAUGUCCGUGCUUUGUACAGGACCAAGAAAGCAAAGAGUGCUGGUUUCAAGAUUGAAGUAAAACGAGAUGGCGACAGGAAGAAUUUGCUUGAAGUGAUUGCCGAAAAGAAGAAUGAAAAGGACGUGGUGAACAGUUUGCAGGAGUUCCAGAAAUUAUUUCCUGAGGUACUGUUUACUGAGUCAAUUGGAAUGGCCAAGGCAUACAUCGACUCAGGGAUUUUUGAGAAGCCGCCAUAUGUGUACGGUCUCUGCACACUCGAGUCCAGGAAGUCCUAUGACGUCACAAUCACUUGCCGUUUAAAGUCUCCAUUGACAUGUCACGUUAAAGUCACAAAUCGCAGAAGCUGAUCUGGAGGGGCAUCCAGGGUCACGUGACAGCACAACCUGGUGACCGGUCUAUUUGGUAGUUUACUCCUUCCAGACUCACACAGUUUGACCGAGUCCUCAGGGAACUACUGGGUAUUAAACCGGUGUUAUAACGGGAGGACAGGAUGACGUAUCACUGAUAUAACACAGUUGUUUAUGGGUAACCUCAUAUAUCGUUACCCAAUUUAUGUAUAAUCACCUAGCUAAGGCAAUGUACUCCAGUGUUUGUGUCGACAUGCAUACCGCUAGAAAAUAAACACGUUAUAAUUAUC